ACGUCCUUCAGAUCCCUCAGAAAUCUACAUGUAAAUGCGUUUAGCAGAGUAUUAAACCUGAACUCUUCAUUCUUAAAGAAUGACUAGAUAUUUGAUCGCAAAGCGAUGUCACUGUGAUCCGAACAUCAUGAAGGAAUAAAAACACGGACAAAAGAGGAUGAGUCUGAUAAACGAUCCGUUCGAAGCGAGCAUCUGACGCGAGAUUCCAGAUGCAAAGGCAGCGACUCCGAACGGCCUCGUGGAAGCGUCAGCGAUUGGCCACUGGCGCGCGCGCGAGGAACGCGAUUGCACCGCAGACGCGUCAAUCAACGCGAAAUCUCCUCCCCUUUCAGCAGGGUCGGGUGCGCGCGGGGCAAGCCCACCCCGUGCACCUCCAGCUGCCCAAACAGAAGACGCAGGAGGAGUAGAGGGCUCGGACAUGGGGAGAAAUCAGCACUGGCCCGUCUGAUAGAGAUCGGUGUUUUUUAUUUAUUAAAAAAGGAGGGAAAAAACCCGAGAGGCCUUAGGAGAGAAAUAAAAAUAAAAAAUAUAAAAACAAACACGGAGAGAAACCCAUCCCUGGCACAAAGCUGGACAUAAAUCAAUGGACUGAAUGAAGACUGCCUAUAACGCCUAUCGAUGCCUGGCCAAGGAUUUGGAUGUGUACGCCAUGAACCCGGAGAUGACAAUGGACAUUGGCAGCCUACACGGUGGAGUUAGCCAUGAGCAGGACUUGAUGAGCGGCCACAGCCCCCAUCACAACCGCAACCCGGGGGCUUCCUUGCGGAUACACCAGGAUCUGACCGUGGCGCCGUCGCGCUCCGCGAUGGUCUCCAGUAUGGCUUCGAUUCUGGACGGCGUCGGCGGCGGCGGAGGAGAGUACCGUCCCGAGCUGUCGCUGCCGCUCCAUCACGCCAUGAGCAUGCCGUGCGACACCUCCCCGCCCGGGAUGAGCGGCACCUACACCACGCUGACCCCUCUGCAGCCCCUGCCGCCGAUUUCCACCGUGUCCGACAAAUUCCACCAUCCGCACCAUCACCACCACCACCAGCGUCUCUCCGGGAACGUGAGCGGCAGCUUCACCCUCAUGCGGGACGAGAGGACUCUACCAGCCAUGAACAACCUCUACAGCCCCUACCACAAAGACAUGAGCGGGAUGGGACAGAGCUUGUCUCCUCUGGGCAACGGCUUGGGCUCCAUCCACAACGCGCAGCAGACGCUCCACAACUACGGCGCGCACGGCCACGACAAGAUGCUGAGCUCCAACUUCGACGCGCACACUGCCAUGCUGGCCAGAGGGGACCAGCACCUCUCCAGAGGCCUCGGUGGCCCCGCGGCGGGCAUGAUGCCGCACCUCAACGGGAUGCACCACGGCGUGCACCCGGGCCACCCUCAAUCCCACGGGCCCGUGUUGGCUUCCAACCGGGAAAGACCGCUCUCCUCCUCCUCCUCCUCCGGAGCGCCGGGCUCCGGCUCGGGGCAGCUGGAAGAGAUCAACACCAAGGAAGUGGCGCAGCGCAUCACGGCCGAGCUCAAGCGCUACAGCAUCCCGCAGGCCAUCUUCGCGCAGCGAGUGCUGUGCCGCUCGCAGGGCACUCUGUCCGACCUGCUGCGGAACCCCAAACCCUGGAGUAAACUCAAGUCCGGCCGCGAGACGUUUCGCCGUAUGUGGAAGUGGUUACAGGAGCCCGAGUUUCAAAGGAUGUCGGCCCUUCGGCUUGCAGCGUGCAAAAGAAAAGAGCAAGACCCAAGCAAAGACAGGAGCAAUACACCAAAGAAGUCGCGGCUGGUUUUCACAGACCUGCAGCGGCGAACACUUCUGGCCAUCUUUAAGGAGAACAGGCGUCCGUCCAAAGAGAUGCAGCUGACCAUCUCGCAGCAGCUGGGUCUGGAACUGAACACUGUGAGCAACUUCUUCAUGAACGCCCGCAGACGCAGCCUGGACAAAUGGCUGGACGAGGGGAGUCCGGGGAACAUGUCGUCCAGCUCCAGCACUUGUACCAAAGCGUGAUCCCAGAGAGGAGAAGAGGAGAAAAUCAUUCCGAAGGGCAACGAGACGAGAGAAGCUGCUUACCGGCUCGAAUAAGAGCCAAAAACACACCGAUCCGUUCAUCCAAAGAGCCAAACGUCAGGAAAAAACGCUGCUUUCUCUGCUCCAGUCCAAAGCAUUUGACACCGAUGAAUGAUCAAAGCCAAUCAAAAACAUGCUUAACUUUACAUUUGGCUUUGAACUGAAGAGAAACCCAAAGCGUUUGCAUUUCACAUCUACAUUCACUCGAUAUUAGCUUUGAUUUUCAUUUCAUAAAGUAAGUGUGUGUGUGUGUGUGUGUGUGUGUGUGUGUGUGUGUGUGUGUGUGUGUGUGUGUGUGUGUGUGUGUGUGUGUGUGUGUGUGUGUGUAGAGAUACUUUAAGUUAUAAGAAUGAAUCUCACAAAAACACGUCCAGGUCACAUUCAUUGCAAUAUUUCACUCUGCUAAUAGAAUAUUUUUGUCUUGUUUUCGAGUACAAACAAUAUACAUUUACUUGAGAAACAAACAAAAAAAAAUAAGAUAUUUUCUGAAAAAUCUAUCAAAAUGAAGUGAGUUUUAUUUUAAACAAGAAAAAGAAAAUGCAGACAGUGUUAGAAAAAUAAACUUAAUUCAAAGGGGGGAAAAAUUACCUUCAAAUGUAAUUAGAAAAUAUACAAAUAUAUUAUAUUAAUAUAUAAUUAUCAUUUAUUAUCCUACACACAAAUCGCUUGAUUUUGAUAAAUUCUUCAAAAAACAAGACUUAAUAUCUUAAUUAAUAUCGCUUUUCAAAUGUAUCCUUGUUUAACAAUUUUUAGAUAUUUCUGAAAAUUGCAUUCAAGCUUUUUAAAUAAUAAUAAUAAUAAUAAUAAUAAUAAUAAUAAUAAUAAUUCCCCCAAAAAUCCCAUUAUUAAUUAUUACCCCUAUUGUUGUUACUGUUAUAUAGUAAUUUUUAUUAUAGUAAUUAUAGGUUUUUUUUUUUUGCAUUAUGGUAAUGUAUUUAAGUUAACAAAAUAUGACUUGCACAUGUUGUUCUUUGUGAGAUUCACCCAUAACACAUGAACAGUAACAUAAAUAACGGCACAGGUUUAAGUUGGCAUUAGGUCGCAGGGUUUUUUCUAACACACCGAUGUGCGACCGAACCGGGUUUCACCUCCACACGGUAGAAACCCCCCGUCAUCAGAAGCACAAAGCACUACACACAUGAAGGACACACCGACCGCAGAUCUCUCACACCGUUAUUGGCCGGCCGGGUUUGUGAGCACAAUCCUGAAGCACAUUAAAUUUGCAAUAGAACAGGGGCUGGACCACACCGAUUGUUCUUCUAUGGUUCAAAAACAACUCAGGAUGAUACGACCGAAGAACAUGCAUCUCGACACACCUAAUAAAAUCACACACAUAUGCAUCGCUGACUGUAAUUAUAUUAUGCUAUGAAAAACCAAACAGAAGUGAACUGGCACUGGUGAUCAGGGCCUUUACAAGAGUUUAAGAGGACAAUCUCCACACCAAUGCCUGCCAGUUUAGCUUUCCCAAAGUGUGCAUGACUCCUCCCCUCAUAGUUUUAGCUCACUUCUAGCUCUUUCAUACACUCAUCUCAAAUUCCAUCCCUCGUCCUCAUUUAUCAUUGAACCGAUGGACAAACAGAGCUGGUAAGCAGUUCUCUCCCGGGUUACGCUUGGAUCACUCAAAACGGACACUGAAGACUUUUUUGUAUUUAUUUGACAAAUCGACACCAAAGAAACUUUUUCUGCACCUAACUGUUCUGCAAACGAAAACUGUUCAAAAGAAAAAGACCCCCCCCCCCCCAAAAAAAAAAAAAAUCAAAACCAAAAAAAUGACGACGACAAAGCGGGAACGCCGAGCCGGCGUCUUUCUUGCGUUCGGAUCGGUGGAGACAUUGGAAGCAGAAUGGGAUCGGAAGGGUUUUUUAAAUGCGACGGAGCUGUUCCCAUGACAACGGAGAAUGACGCGUCUCUCAAAAACACAAGUCGAAGAUUGUCUUUAAUGUGUGCCUAUGCAGUUUUUUCAACCAAAAUGGAAAGAACAACAAAAACCUCAUCAGCUACAAUACCAAAGAUUCAGAGUUACUCCCGCCACUGUUCCCGAGGAAGGGCUCGCAGCGGUGCUUCUCUCCAAACACGGGACGUCUAGGGUUCAGCGUUUGGUUUUUUUCAUCCGUUUUGCAGCUAAAAUUAAAGGUGUAACUCAGCCUGAUGGGCAUACCAAAGAUAAACGCCUUUAAGCACAUGCAACUUCACUUUUUCCCAUUUUCCCAAGCCGAACGACUCAUCAUCUUGUAGUUUUGUGCUCACAUCCCAUCGUAGUCCACCGACAGUCCAGUUCCACCAAUGCAAACGUCAUCCAUCCAUCAUUUCUCAACAUAUGCACGCUUGUUUCCAAACGCUGAAUCGCGAGUCCUGUGUUUGAGAGAGCUGCUGCAGCGGGUUCCAUCAUAUACUAGAUUCCAUCUAAAAAGCCAAUAAUCUGCCAAAAAUGCUCACUUGAUCUGUAGAGAGGAAACUGCAGACUGUAGGUCGAAUAGCUUUAUCUUUCAGCUUUCUCUCUUUAAAAGCUUCUAUUCCAAAGAUUCUCCAACGCCUCUUGGUUGGAGCUCCAUCCGCUCUUCACAGUCAGGUUUUUAGCAACACGGGCCAAAGAGCUUUCCUUUGCUUGUCUUAGUACUUAUAUUUUGCCAAUGCCUCUGUACAAUGUCUUACCCAGGUUUUGCAAUAUGUGAUUUAUUUAUGUAAUUUAUAUUUGUUAUGAUUGAACUUAAUUUAAAUUGCCUUUUAUCCUGAUUAGAUUGCCAAAGUUUACAUUUACUUUGUUUGCAUGUUGGACACCAUCAGACGUAUUUAUUUAUGACUAGUAUGCAUAGGUUUUUUUUUUUCCCUGAAUUAUUUAAUGUUAUUUAAUUAGACUUAAUUAAGACUACUAGUGCAUCAAAGAUGCAGUGCUUCUCUUAAUUUAUUAGUUAGCUUUACUUUAAAAAGCAACACGAAGGGUGUAUUUAAUUUUUCUUAGAAAGAUAAUUCUGGAAAUGAGUUAGCGAUCGGGUUUUAGUUGUGUGUAUGUCGAGACUUUAGGUUUUGUUUGUCCUUUUCUUUUGAAUGAAAACAAUCUUUCUGAAGGGCCAUUUGCGAUCGAUUACACCGUUCUGUCGAAGGACGAUUCGGAUCGUAUACAGGGGGCCACACGUUAAUGGAGAUCAAUGCAGGACUCACCAAAGAUAAAUCCCACGGAUGCUGAGAGGCCGUUUAUUCAUUGCUUCACUCGUAGAAGGACGCAGAGGAAUCCCUUAAAAACUAGAGAAAGCUGCUUCCAAGACUGACUUGUGUGUGUGUGUGUAUAAAAGUCUUUCUAUCUCUAUAGUGAGAACCACAGAGGCUACCUCACUGAAUUUUCCAUUUGUAAUUUUAAUCGUGUUGAUGAAACCAAAGAUACCAAAGAUUUCUUUUUCUCGAGUACGGUCUGCGCUUGACGCCAUGCUUUGGAUAUUUUGAUAAUGCCACUCUCUCUUUUUUCUCUUCUUCCUCUUUCAGACAUGAGUUCCUCCUCUCCUCGGAAAAAUAAGUGCAAUGGAGCGGAUGGGACUCGUGUCGAGCUGUAGAUUUUAGUGCUGUGCGCUUCUGAUCGUCAUAAUCUAGAAGACCUUAAUGCAAAAACCAACCCACAAACAAAGACCUAUCCGGCACAGAAACAUCAACAUUACACACAUUCUUUAAUCAAACGCAUGUUGAAAUGCAUGGAAAUAUUCAAAGUUUUGAUGGCUUGUUCUAGUCAAAUUUACACUGCAAAAGUGGCACAGAAGCGCCUCUGACGUGGCAAUUAAGUGUCUUUACACAGACUGUUUAAUGCUGCUCAAAGGUGGCAUAAAUGCAUUUAUACAGCAAUUGCAACUCUAUACUGUAAUACUAGGGGCUAAGCUGGCUCAGAACAAGGCAUAAUUUAGUCUGGCUUUUAUGCAGCAUUGCAUUUUUACACUAAAUUUUAAGCAGGCUUUACUCAGCUGUGUAAAGAGCACAGAAUGAUUCACGCACUGAACUCAAAUUUACACCGCAAAGGUGGCACAGAAGCGCCUCUGAAGUGGCAUUUAAGUGUCUUUACCCAAUGCUGCUCAGAGGCGGCAUAAAUGCUUUUGCACAUCAAUUACAAAUCUAAACUGUAAUACUAUGGGCUAAAGUGGCUCAGAACAGGCAUAACUUAGUCUGGCAUUUAUGCAGCAUUGCGUCUUUACAUUUUAAGCAGGCUUAGAGCAGCCUUAACUCAGCUGUGUAAAGAUGCUGAAAGAUGCAUGCACUGAGCUUUAAUAUCUAUGCCACAUUUACACUGAGAGGUGGCACAGAAGCACUUCUAAGCAGUAUUAAACAGUUUGUGUAAAGACACUUAAAUUUACACAGCGAACUGCAACUGUAUACUUUAAUGCUGCUCAGAGGCGGCAUAACUGCAUUUUUAUCAUAUGCAUUUAAUAGGAAUUUCCAACUCCCUAAACUUAAGGCAUCUUUACACAGCAGAGUUAAGGCUGCUUUAUGCAUGCUCAGAAAUUCAAUAAUGCUGCAUUAAAACCAGACUAAAUGAUGCCUGAUUUGAGCCACCUCAGCCCCUAGUAUUAAUUUAAGCCACUUCUAAGCAGUAUUAAACAGUCGGUGAAAAGACGCUUAAAUCCCACUUCAGAAGCGCUUUUACAGUGGAAAUGUGACAUUAAAGAAAUCUGGUGUAGAAACAAUUUUCACUAGUAAAAGAAAAUGGCAAUUAACGAAGUAGAAUUUUUUUUAUUUUAUUUAGUGCAAUAAAACUCCACAAUUUUGUUAGGAAUGAUGAUACACAUUCACUUCUAAGCAAAUAAAAUACAUAAAUUAGUCUAAGUUCUUCCAUCACAUGAUGAUGAGACCUGUUUAGUAAACCUUAAUAUGGAAAAACAUCCACAUGUGGUUUUGAAUGGAACGCCAGCCUUCUCAAAAAAAUCCAAAUCCUGUCAAAAACAACGUUGGUGUUUCUGUGCACGACGAACUCUAAAACCAAAGACCAAACCAAUCAUCUCAUAGCAGACAGACCGAAGGGUCUCCUCCAUCCCAAGUCAUAUUCUUCAACCCCGACAAAGACGUAGAGAGCGCUUUUGUUGCAAAGUAUGAGAUAUUGUUGGAUGAGUGCCUUGCUUGAACCAAAGCGAAGUUAUGACCUCUCUGUUUCUUCUUCUGUUAGUACCUCAGCGACAGGAAAAUGUUUUAUGAUGCUUUGCAAUGCAAUCCUGCAAAGAACAAAGACUAACGAUACCAAAGGCUUUCUAAACUUUCCCCUUCCCUUCUUUUGAAUGGUUGCAAAGCUUUAAAUAAGAAAAAAGAAACCCCAUGUCGAGGGCGCAGACCGUGCUUUUCUUACCAAAUUUUUCUCGGAUAUACCUCAUAGAAGAUAGUGUUAGGGUAUUGUUAUUAUAGCGUAUGUAUUAAAUUAUUCACGUACUCUUAUUUUUUAGUAACUGUGACUUGACAAACCAAGAAAAAAAGCUUUAUGCAUCUUAAGUUGAUUUUUUUGUAAUAGCUGAGGUUUGCUUACCGAAAAAAAAACAACAACAACAAAAAAAAACAAAAAACACAAUGCUUGUCUUUUUGUCUCCUGUUAAUGUGACAGCUUUCACAAAAAGUUUUGUGGUGCAACUUUUACUGUUGUUUUUUUCGUUUUCCAUGACUGUAUUUUGAUUUUAUUUUUUUGGGAAGGGUGGCUCAUAUUCUCAACAAGGAUAUUAUUUUUGGAUUGGGGAUGGUUGGUUGCUAGAAUGAGCCUCAAGUUUACAGUUUUCAAUGGGUUGUACAGCUUCGAUUUGAUUUUACAUCAUGCAUUUACUCCUUCGAUUCUUUAUGUGAAAACGUAGCAUUGGCAGCCGCAAUUCAACGCCGCAGCCUUGAUUUAUGCACGAGUAUCUUUACAGUUCUAGCUAGCGUGUAAUGCAUUGUCCUUCAAUAGCUUUUGGGUUUGGAUCCGUCUCGUUUUAUUUAUUUUUUUUGCAUGCCGGCCUGAUCAAAUUCUUGAAGAAUUCAGUUCAGAUGUGGAUAGAAAACAUCAUGCACUCGAUCAGUUCGGUUUGCGAUCGUACCGUGAAACACCAAUCCUGUCCAAAAAUACAACAACUGAGCAUGGAAAGUCCUCAGAUUGAGUUGAAAUGUACCAGACAAUCUACUGCUAAUGUAAAAACACUUUGAGAACUGAGUCACAGGCGUUUAAAGUUAAACGUGAAUAUUAUGGACUGUAUUCCAAAGAUAUGCUUUUUUUUUAUUCAAAUUGAAAAUGGAUUGGAAACGGAUUCUUUUCUUUUUCGGUUUCAUCGUUUUGUUUAUUUGUUGGUUUGUUAAAUCAUGUUCAUGUAAAAAUGGAUUGUUGGAAAUCACGAGGGAAAAUUGAUCAAAUUUUAGUUUUGCAUUCAUGAUCAAAGUCUUUGAAACAUUCAAAGUUCAUGUUCUUCCACAAAAUGUUUGACCAUAAAUAAAGAGAACAAGUGAUUUUA